AAGCACUUUGAAGAAUCACUACUAUCCGAAAUCGUGUAUCAAACGUUAACCAAAUUAUUUUCGGCUUUGCGCAGAAACUGUUUUUAUUGCUGCAUAAAGGAUAUUUUAAGAAAAAGCAAAAUGGGGGAUCGCUACAACAUUUUCUCACAAAUGGAACAUCUUCAGUCGAAGUAUGUAGGAACAGGCCACUCUGACACGACCAAGUGGGAAUGGUUGACAAACCAACACAGAGAUACGCUUGCCUCAUUCGUCGGUCAUCAUGAUUUACUGAAUUACAUCGCAAUUGCGGAAAAUGAAACGAAAGCCAGAGUCCGUUUCAAUAUGUUGGAAAAAAUGUUUCAACCAUGUGGGCCCCCUCCGGAUCGACCAAAUGUUGAUUAAUUUUUUUUUUAAAGUUGUGAUAUUUUAGGUUUUGUAAAGUGCUGCUGGUAGAAUCAGAACUCUGACUGUCCCAGUAACUAUAAUUAAAUGUCGCUGACCAACCUGUUUAUCUUUUUUCUCCCAAUGAUAUUUGCCAACUGAAAACACAUUUUAUGUGUGGAAUUUAUUUCACAGCUGUGUAUCUCAUGUUUACAGCAUUAUAAAAUGAAUCACUCGAAAACAUGUGUUGCACAAUACAUUAAAAAGUUUUUAAUGUUUAUCUUUUUACUGGAACAGAUAUAUUAUCAUUAAAAUCAGAAAUAAUGUGCAACUAA